AUGCUGGACAUCAAUGACUUUAUCAAGGAUCGAGGUGGAAAUCCCGACAAGAUCAAGGAGUCACAGCGACGCAGACAUGCUCCAGAAGAGGUCGUCGACGAGGUGAUUGCACUCUUCGAGGACCACCGAAAGACGCAGUAUGCCGCGGGAACGACCAUGGGCGCCAAGAUCAACGCCGUGCAGAAAGCCAUGGGUGCAAACAAAAAGGCCAAGGGUGACCCCGAGGAGUUUAAGAAGCUCGUACAGGAAAAAGACCAAUUGAGCAAGGAGAAGGCGGAGCUGGAGAAGCAGGCUGCCGAGAAGCAGAAAGAGUUGUUGAAGAAGGCCAAGAGCAUCGGCAACUACGUCCACGACACGGUGCCCGUCUCCGACAACGAGGACAACAACUCGAUCAUCCGCACAUGGGCUCCAGAAGGUGUGGAGGUGACGAAGAAAGACUGCAUGUCUCACCACGAGGUCCUCACACGAAUCGACGGCUACGACCCCGAGCGUGGUGUCAAGAUCGUGGGUCAUCGAGGCUACUGUCUGACGGGCUAUGGGCUGUUCCUCAACCUGGCCUUGGUCAACUACGGCCUGGAAUUCCUCUUCAACAAGGGCUACAAGCCCAACCAGCCCCCAUUCUUCAUGCUGCGGGAAGCCAUGGCCAAGACCGCACAGCUCGAGCAAUUCGAUGAAGAGUUGUACAAGGUUACGGAAAAGGAGAAUGACCCGGCUACAGACAAGUACCUGAUCGCGACUUCAGAACAGCCCAUCUCUGCCCUGCACGAGGGCGAGUGGCUGAACCCCACCGAUCUGCCCAUCAAAUAUGCCGGCUACUCGACGUGUUUCCGCAAAGAAGCCGGAUCUCACGGAAAGGAUGCAUGGGGUAUCUUCCGUGUCCACCAGUUCGAGAAGAUCGAACAGUUCAUCUUCUGCAAUCCAGAGGACUCGUGGAAGCACUUUGACGACAUGAUCAACACUUCCGAAGAGUUCUACAAGUCUCUCAACCUUCCAUACCAAGUGGUCGCCAUCGUUUCGGGCGCUCUCAACAACGCUGCCGCGAAGAAGUACGAUCUCGAGGCAUGGUUCCCAUUCCAGGGCGAGUACAAGGAACUCGUCUCCUGCUCCAACUGCACAGACUAUCAGACUCGUGAACUCGAGGUGCGCUUCGGACAAAAGAAGCAGACCGAUGCCAGCUUCCAAAAGUCAUAUGUACAUGCUCUCAACUCCACCCUCUGCGCUACGGAGAGAGCACUCUGCUGUGUGCUGGAGAACUACCAGCGCGAGGAUGGUAUCGAGGUACCAGAAGUCCUCCGCAAGUACAUUCCCGGUCAGCCAGAGUUCUUGCCAUACGUCAAGGAGCUUCCCAAGGAUUCGACUUCCCUCAAGGCAAAGGGUGUUGCUGAGCAGAAAAAGGGCGGAGGCAAGCCACAAGUCCCGGGUGAGGGCGAAGUGGUCUCACGACCAAAGGCUGUCGCGGAGGAGCAGCGUUCAUAG